AUGGAAAGCACUACAUUUGACAACAGAAAGUUGAUUUAUGUCGCUAUUAAUGGUAUAUCUUCUUUACCCGCCAUAUUCACCAACAUCAUUGUUUUUAUUUCAAUUUGGAAGACGCCGAGACUUCACACACCUUCCUUCGUCCUGAUCUUUAACCUUACUGUAUCAGACUUUGGAGUGGGACUAAUUGUACAGCCAAUUUUCAUAGCGUUUGUCGUUUUCGACUAUAAUCCUGUGUUAAGCAAAGCUUUCCAAGUUUGUUGCAUGUAUUUUGUCGGUGCUUCGACAAUCUGCAUGGCCGCUAUCGCUGUUGAUCGAUGUCUCGCUGUAAUGCUUCACAUGAGAUACCAAGCGAUAGUUACAAUGCCAAGAGUCUUUAAUCUAACUCUAUUCUCUUGGACCAUGAACACUCUUUUUCUGGUUUUGUUUGGUCUCAUUGACUGGGAAACGUUUAAUUAUAUAUCAUCUUGCACGGUUCCUUUCUGUGUUAUCGUAGUAGCUGUUUGUUAUUACAAAAUCUUUCGUAUUAUUCGCAAACAUCGUCGACAAAUCAWGGACCAAAGGCAAGCAACUCUUGCRCCUGCGGUAAAACAUAGAAAAUCUCUGAGAAACAUGUUUUAUUURCAUGGAUUUUAUACUMUUUCAUUUGUACCUUUAGUGGUGAAYUUCUGCCUUAGUUUAAUUCAAGUUCAUUAUUCGUUUAAKUCSUUUGAUGCUGCAGUAACAUUYGCCUUGUUGAACUCCACGAUCAACCCSUACUUAUAUUUCUGGCGAAUGAAAGAACUGCGAAGUGCAGUCGUUAAGAUUUUGAAGGAAUUUAUGAUAUGUUCAGACUGCUUAUCUAAUGAAGACGUGUCCUCGUGA